AUUCAGGAGGAGGAGGUGAAGGAGGUGGAGUGUGUGUUCAGUCGGCAGACAGUCAGAAGGACCGAAUCCCGGCGGCCGUUUGGAGAGUCUGAGCGGGGGGAAAACUGCUUCCAGUACUGGAGAACUCAGAAAGAGGAUUUCGCAAUGAGUUGGGGAACGGAGCUCUGGGACCAGUUCGAGAAUCUGGACAAACACACUCAGUGGGGGAUUGACUUUCUUGAGCGCUAUGCAAAGUUUGUCAAGGAGAGACUGGAGAUAGAGCAAAACUAUGCCAAGCAGCUACGGAACUUGGUGAAGAAAUAUUGUCCAAAGCGCUCCAAAGAUGAGGAGCCGAGGUUCACGUCAUGUCUGUCUUUCUACUCCAUACUCAAUGAGCUUAAUGACUAUGCCGGUCAGAGGGAGGUGGUGGCGGAGGAGAUGGCUCACAGGGUUUAUGGCGAGCUGAUGAGGUACAGCCAGGACCUGAAAGCUGAGAGGAAACAUCAUCUACAGGAGGGCAGAAAGGCCCAGCAGCAUUUGGAUCACUGCUGGAAACAGAUGGACAAUAGUAAAAAGAAAUUUGAAAGAGAGUGCAAAGAAGCAGAGAAGUCCCAGAUCACCUACGAGCGGCUAGAUAAUGACAUCAACGCCACCAAAUCAGAGGUGGAGAAGGCCAAAGCCCAGUUCUACAUGCGCACUCACGCGGCUGAUGAGAGCAAGAACGAGUACGCCGCUCAGCUCCAGAGCUUCAAUGCAGAGCAGUGGAAACAUUUCCACAGCGCCAUACCACAGAUCUUUAAGAAUCUGCAGAACAUGGAUGAACGUCGGACAGUAAAGCUUGGAGAGACAUAUCGAAGCUUUGCUGAGGCAGAGCGGAGAGUUAUUCCCAUCAUCUCCAAAUGUCUAGAGGGAAUGGUUUCAGCUGCCAAGGCUGUAGACGAGCGAAGGGAUUCAGCAAUAGUUGUGGAGUCAUUCAAAUCUGGCUUUGAACCUCCUGCUGACUUCCCCUUUGAGGACUUCAGUCAGAAUUUGAGCAGAACGGGCUCAGAUGGUACCAUCAGCAACACGCCCAAAGGAGACAGAGACCGAGACCGAGAAGGGGCACCGGGGCCACGAUCUGAUCCAAAACACCCCAUGAGCAGAACCAAGAACAAGCUCUGGCUGUUUGGGAAGAAACCAAAGUGGUCAGUGAAGAUGGCACCGUCUCUGGAGGAUUUCAGCCACUUACCUCCUGAGCAGAGGAGGAAGCGACUGCAGCAGAGGAUUGACGAACUCAACAGAGAGCUCCAGAAGGAGAUGGAUCAGAGAGAUGCUCUGAACAAGAUGAAGGACGUGUAUGAGAAGAAUCCUCAGAUGGGAGACCCCAACAGCCUGCAGCCCAAAAUAUCAGAGACCAUUUGUAAUAUGGAGAAACUGCGCUCUGAAAUCCACAAAAAUGAGACGUGGUUGUCUGAGGUGGAGGGAAAGCAAAGCUCCAGAGGAGACAGAAGGCACAGCGCUGAUAAUCAUCACCAUGGUCCUCAAGGCAGAGAGAGCCCUGAGGGCAGUUACACAGACGACACCAGCCAGGAGCAUCCCACGCCUCAUCACCGUCCCGGUCCAGCGCAGCCUCGACAUCCCAACCCCGACCCACACGAGUUCGACGACGAGUUUGAUGACGACGACCCUCUGCCUGUCAUCGGACACUGCAAAGCGCUCUACUCGUUUGACGGUCAGAACGAGGGCACGCUAGUGAUGGCAGAAGACGAGGUGUUGUACAUCAUCGAGGAGGACAAAGGCGACGGGUGGACGCGGGCGAGGAAGCAGAGCGGGGAGGAGGGCUACGUUCCCACUUCCUACGUAGAAAUCACGCUGGAGAAAAACAGCAAAGGUGCCGUCACCUACAUCUGAGGCUCCGCUGUCCUCUGUCUGUCAUGCUCUCCAUGUCUGCCUGCUUCUCAGUGUAACACCACUAAAAGGAAAAGAGACAUCACUGUGAAACAUCUGCAUGGACUCCUGUCGUCUUGUUUGCCUCGUUUCCAUCCCAUCCCUUCAUCCCGCACGCCCGCUCAUUCUUUUAACCCCAUAAUCACUCGUCUUCCUCUCAUACCUGUGAUGUUUCUAAGCACGAACAGGAAGGACUCAUCGUGUGGCGUUUGAGCGAUUUGUGUGUAAUAUAUGAGGCAUUCGUGUGCUCACCCACCGCUGUAUGUAAGCUACACCUCUUCUCCUAGAUCAAAUGAAUUAAGAUUGUUUUAUAUUAUACGUUAGAAAGACUUUAUUUUUAUUUUAACACGUAUUCUAAUUAUUUUACUGUCUAUGUUAUUUUUAACUGGAGAUGAUCAAACUCUUGAUUUUAAGCUCUUGACAUGUCUGUGUUUAUUGAAAUGAAAUAUGCUGCAUUUACUUUGCCUUUCUGUCUGAUUUCUGUGUGUGUCUGUGUGUGUGCAUUUUUGUGCCAUUGUAAUGCCGAUUUAUCCGUUAUCACUGUAAAGGAUCUGGAUAAAAUCUCUACCUAUUAGUUUUCCAGAGUGGGCAGUGCAUGUUGUUACAGGAGUCGCCUUCUCUGGUGCAUGUUCAUCAGAUGAGGCAGGAAUUCUUGUUCCUCAUGUGGGUCAAAUUCUCAGGUUAUUGAAGGAUGCUUGAACACCCACAUUCUGUAAACAUUCAGUCCAGUCCAGCCUUUUAGAUUAGGACUAACUGAGACAACAGACCACAAUGAAUAAAGUAUCUUUUUUUUUAAAUUAAAGGCUGUAGUUUGUAGCAAAACAAAGCAAUUAAAAUUAUUAGUCACUAUUUUCUCCUUUUUGAAUCGGGAUAGCGCUUUUAUGUGCUAUAAUACUAUCAGAGGGUCUUAUGUAGGAUCAACGCAAAUUAAGAGUUGCAGUUAGUGAGCCUAAUUGUUUUUAAACCAGUUAUAGAGCUUUUUUAGGCCCAGGAGACUAGGAUGUAGACCUGGUUUGUUGUUUGAGUCACUGAUUGAAACCUGGCCUGACCCUCAGUGUUUCCACCGCUAUCCAUGAGGAUAAAAACCAAGCAGCGCAGGUAUUAAGGGCGUCUGUGCCAGCUGAAGCAAGUCGUGUCUGAAGAGUGUUUAUUGCAGCAAAGGACCCCACAUCAUCCUUCAUUUCCAUUCACCAUUUGAACUUUUCUACUGUGUGUCUGAAACACAAGCAUCCUCAACUUGAGCUGAGUGUGAGCAGGUUCAGCUCGUGUGUGCUUUUCUAUUAACGGUCUCUUCUCCUCUAUGUGACUGCAGGUUCCUGAGGGGCCGCAGAGUGGCCGGGCGGUUUGAUUGGCUGGUGGAGGGCUCGUGCUGAUUAUUGGUGCUGGGGAGGGUGACUAAGAAAGAGAGAGAGAGCAAAAGAGAGGAAAAGGGAGAGAGGAAGGUGGAGGAGGUCGGAGAUUAGGCGAGCUGCCGGGGAGGUUUGCAUGUCUGCAUGCUCAUGUGUCCAUAAGCAGCAAAGCAUUCUGGGCUUUCAGAGGAGGGAGGUAGAAGAGAUGAUGCCAAAGCCACGAACAAGCAAUAAAGGAUUUAUUAUCUUCACAUGAGAUCCAAACCCACCUCUGAGCUGUGGACCGUUUUUGUCUUUCAGGGUAGGAAGUGGCAACCAUAGUAGUUUAUUAGCUACACCAAGCUCAGCUGCAUGCAGUCCUGACAUUAAGUGAGAAUUGUAACGACUUCAUGUUGAAACUACAAAAAGCUCUGGAUUUUACCAACUACUUCCUGUUAAACCAUCAUAAGCAGCUUCAGUAAAAUCUGAGCAUCGAUCUUUUAUUUCUGUGCCACGCUGCUCACUGGGUCACCUGUAUCACGUACAAAUGUGACUGUAAAUAUAAGAAAUGGAUUUUAAAGGUAGGUUAGGACCACUUCUGCUUAGUGGACCUAAUAAACUGAUUAGUUUUACAUUUCUUGAAUUUAUCUUUUAGUGUUAAAUAUCAGUUUAUCCCUUCCAAAAUUACAUUACUCUCUGUACCUGCUGGACACACUGUUUGGGGGCAAGUCUUAAAAUGUUUCUCCUAUAAUAACAAUAAAGUUGUUUUUUAUAAGUACCCCAAAAGUACAACUUGUUCCCACCUUGCUGGUUUAUUUAUUUAAAGUUUUCUCACCAUAUUUUUUAAAGCGUAUCUCUCUCACACACACACACACACGUACGUACACACACUUUCUCCCAGACUUUGGGUCCAGCUUGUGGCAAGAUUUAAAUAAAAAAAUAACAGCAGACGUCAGAGUCCACGCCAGAGUUUUCUUAUCUUUCAGGGUCAGGUGCUCAUCCAGCAUUUGCUGCCACUAACAACAGUCAGUCCUGUACCGCUCCUACUCACUCCUCAUCCUUAUCUGUGCUGUGUUGGUGAUGUCUGCCUGCCUGAGCCACUCUGCUCCUCAUUGCCUGCCUUCACUCUCAUACAGUCGCAUGUGGGGGUUUUGUUUGUUUUUAAAAAAUAGUGUGUCAUAAAUGUGUCUCAGCUAUGAUCCUGUGUGAGUUUUCUUUCUUUCCUUCCAUCUGUGACUGUGCAUAUGUGACUCCAGCUCUGUUGUGUGUCGAAUGCCAUGAUGUUCCAGCAUGAAUGGGAUUUUGUUCGGUUUAAUGUCUCCGUGCGGCUCAUUAGACAGAUAGCAGGACUAUCGGGCAAAUACAGGACCUCUCUUCCCUCUUUCCGUUUUUCUUUCUUCUCCUUUUCCUCGUUGGGUUGCGAUUCCACCAGUUGACCAGCAGAUGGCGGCCUUCCCUCACCAAACCACAGCUCAGCUCGCUCUGGACUGUGCCUGAACACCAAACUAAGAAAGAGGAGGAGGAGCUCCGGUAUCUUUGCAAUUAAGACUGCCUUAAAACUUCACCUUGUUUUCCUGUGGAUGGAUUUUUCUCACAAGCAUAAAACGAUGCGUCUGCUUUUCCGCCUGACUACAUCUCCCAUCGGCCAACUGGGCUGACCUCACCUCUUUCGGGCGACUGAAGUUUUCCCAUUUAAUCGGUUGUACAUGUGAAUGUGAUGAUAAGCACGCAUGCAUCAGCGACGUGUACACAUGUACGGAAGGCCAAACAUUUAUACAUACCAAUGAGUUUUUUGUCCCCUCCCCCCGGCUUAAUAGGCUUUCCAUACAUGUGAACAUGUUAAUUUGUGCACAUGUGCGUUUUUGUUAGUUUUUAACCAUUGAAUGAUUUGUACAUAUUAACAUCUGUCAUGUUGAAUGUGUUUCCGUGGUGAUUGUUUUUAGGUUUGGCGGCCAUUUUUGUGAGAGACAAGUUUUGAAUUGAACCGAUGCACUUUGUCCGAAAGUACUACAGCAUUUAAAUCUGACAAACAGUGACUAGAUGAAUGAAUGAAUGAAGGUGAGAGACACGUGAACUAUCUGAAUGACCCCUGUGUAGAAGUGAGAAACCAAACAAAUAAGCGUGAGUAAUUUCUCUUGACUGUUUUAUACUCCUUUUGUAUCUCAUUUUGAGCAAAGAGGCUUUUUUGUGCAUGAUUUUGUAGUCUUUGAAUUCAUUCACCAGUUAGUUUUUUUUAAAUGGCCCACUUGAUCUUCUGUUUAAUAGACUAACAAAAUUAUACACCUACUGCUUAACGUAAAAAGCCGCCAACGAUUCAUCUCACGUGACGUAAGUGUAAACAGCAGGUGGCCAUGCUUUCGUUGUAAUCUGUGUUUCUUUGAUGAAGCUGUGAACCGUGCAGAACAAUGCUGUAGAUGUUGUUACUUGAACUUUUCGCCCUGCUCUCUUCAUCUAGGACUACAACUGAUACUUCCAGGACUUGUUUAGUGUACAUUUGAUUUGACUUGCAAAAACGUCACCAAGCUUCAUCAGUGAUUUUUCUUAUGUGUACAUAUGACUUUUUGUUCCAGUGUUAAUGCAGUAAUAUCAGGUAAUCCAGUUUCUGCUUUAAAGCAGUGAAGACCACAGCUAAUAGUUUUUAAUCGCCGGACAGUCAAAUCUAACAAUUAUGAACGAGUUGCAACAAACUGCAAGAUAUGACUUCCAGUUAGCUUCACAUAUGAGAAGCUUGAAUGUUCCACUGAUUGUUUCAGCAUUCAGACUUACCCCACCAUAACCCUCAGACCAUUAUUGUCAAACAGCGAAAUCAUGUUGAGUGCGAUAAACUUCCAACAGGAAUACGAUUAAAGUUUUGCUAACAUUUAUGUUGCGGAGCAUUUAGAAUGGUAAGCAUUUCAUGCAAACCCUUAACUAGAUGUGAUGCUUUAAAUGUGACUGCUACACUUUGGUUUGGCUCAAGGCCCGUUUGGAGCGUGCCGUCCCUUUAAAGCUGCUGAGCGAUGCAGCAGUUUGCAAGUGAGAAAACACACCAGACUCCAAAUAUAUGCAUAAAACUGUGUAUUCUAAUGGACACUGUGCUGUAACUCUGAAUAUAAUGCAAAAGUACUAAAUAACAAUUGAGCUUUGACGCUAUAAUAAAUCUGCAGUAAGUUUUAUGUACAAACGGUUUGGUUUUUAAUAACACUGUGAGUGUGGUGCUGUACACUACCCAGCAAAAACCAUAUGUUCUCCACAUUCCUGUUUUUGUCCUGUGGAAACUUUGUAUCCAGCAACCAUGUAAAGAUACUUUCCAGCUGUUUAAACCUUUUAUUUAAAAUCAGAAAGAAAUGCAAGAACAGCAGGUACAAGGUGCUUUAGCAGGAUGUUAACAUGUAAAUCUGUGUUUCUACCAUGUUGUAACCAAUUGCAGUACUUCUCUUUUCUUAUUGUUGUGCACAUCUUUUUACUUUGAAUGUCUUUGGACACUUUGUGAACAAAAUGCUUUUUUUCUUCUCUCAGAAUAUUGUUCUAAUAAAAUAAGCAGCAUUGAAAAGAA